AUGCACCGUUCCUUAUCAAUGAACUUCCAAUACAGGUUUUUCAGCCAACAAAUGCAAACACAGGUGAAUCAGGUGAUGGCAAAACGUGUCGUUAUUAUGGAGCCAUGUGAAGUGUUCAUAAGCCACAGAAGCAUGGAUACAAAAAGAACAGUGGCUACUCUUAUGUAUGAUGAUUUACGAAGGCUAGGCUUUCACCCUUUCUUGGACAACAAGACAAUGAAGCCAGGGGAUAAACUGUUUGAUAAAAUCAACAAAGCAAUCAUGGAGUGCAGGAUUGGCUUGGCUGUUAUCUCACCUCGUUACUGUGAGUCUUACUUUUGCCUUCACGAGCUAUCACUUCUCAUGGAGUGCAAAAAGAAGGUUAUACCCAUCUUCUGUGACAUUAAGCCAUCUCAGUUACGUGUCAUCAACAACAGAAAAUGGACCCCAGAGGACCUCCACCGUUUCAAAUUGGCUCUUGAAGAAGCAAAAUACACUGUGGGACUCAACUUCAACACCUCAGAAGGGAACUUCUCGGAUAUUGUGACCAGUGCUUCUGAUAUCAUCAUCAAGAGCUUGAUAGAGCUAAAGGAUGAAGAGCAGAUGCAGCAUCCAGACAUGGAUGUUGCUCUUUCUAUUGAUCACUCAUGGUCGAUUGAUGCUGACUUAAUGGUCAUGUCAUAUGGGUACUUAUUCCUAAAUGAUCUGACAAAGCAUGCUUGGUUCAUGUCGAAGUUUCUACGCCAAAUCAUAGUCAAGUCAAAGUCAUUGGAUUCGACAUUUUUCUUGACCAAGGGAAUUGGCAUUGUUGGACUACUCGACCGUGAACUCUUGAGGGUACAUGCAAAGAUUUCGUGCCCAUAUUUAGUGGUCAUAGUGAAGGCAUUCUACCAAAAUUAUCACUACUCUAAUGGAGACCUGACAUCCAAAGCAUGCGGCAUUGACAUUCUAGAGAGUGCUGAGAUUUGGAAACAAUUGCUGGGAUUUGAUUUUGAUGCUGAUGAGGUCGCUGCCACUUAUGACGAAGAGCGUCAUGCUACUAUUGAAUGUUAUAGGGGUGCUGAUAUUGUGCCUGAUCUGAAGAGGUAUGGUGUUAGGCUUGCUGAAUACACAUAG